GUCCUUCAUUCCGUCGCGACCAGCGAGUAACGGCAUAUGAGCGCUCGCAGAGAAAUCGCUAAUCACGAACGGCGGACGACACAAGCCCAAGAAGAACAGGCAUAGGGGAAAAAAAGAAAGCAAAAAAUGAAAAAGAAUUGCCAACAGUAGCAGCAGUUAAAUAAUUAAAGAAGUGCCAGAUCGCAAAACAACAGUGUGCAACCCUUUUUUUUGACAAGUUAUUUUCGAGUGAAAAGCUGUGGAAAUCUGUGUAAAACUGCAGUAUACAACUGAAAAGCAAGAAGCUCUGUAAAAGCGAUGCAACAACAACGACAACAACAACAGCAGCAGCAACAACAACAAAAAGUGUAGUGGGUCGCACGCGCGACUUGUGUGUGUGAAUAAUGAAGAAGAAGCAGAAGCAGAAGCAACAACAACAGCAGCAGCAGAGGCAGAGCAAGGCGCCAUCUGAAGCGGAAUCGGAGGCAGACCGCCCCGGCAGCAACAGCAGCAGCACCAGCAACAACAAGCAUUCGCCAGCAGCAGCAUCAACAACAACAACAGCCAAGCGGCGGCAAGUCAGCAGCAGCAACAAGAACACCAGCAAUCACAAAAACAACAGCAAACGCUGCAGUCGCAGCAGCAGCAGUCGCAGCAGCAGCAGCAGCAGCUGCAGUAGCAGCAGCAGCAGCAGCAGCAGCAACGCUAGCGUCGGCAGCAGCAUGUCCAAAACAAGCAGCGGUAAUCCAGCAGCAGCAGGUGCAACAAAUGCCGCGAAUGCCGCUGAUUUCAGUGCUUUCGAUUUUAACGAUAGUUCCGAUAACUCCGACACGCCCCUCGUGCCACGCCCACCGUUCCUGAGUCGCGCCGCUGCAACGGCCGCCGCAGCAGCAGCUGCAGCAGCAGCGCUCAGCAUCAGCAACAACAGCAACAAUUCGGCGGGAUCAGCGGGUCAGCUGCCGCACAGCACGAGCAGCAGCAGCAACAACAAUAACAACAACAACAAUGGGGCUAACUCCGUUAACAGCAACGCCAACAACAACAACUAUGGCCACAGUAGCAGCAGCUCGCAGAGCAGCAUGGACGAAGAGGAGGAGGACGACGAGGAGGAGGACGAAGAGGAGGAGCAGGAUGUGUCGCAGCAACAGCAGCAACAGCAGCAGCAACAACAAUUGGCGGCGGAGCAGCAGCAACGGGCUGCAGCAGCGGCAGCUGUAGUUGCAGCAGCAGUUAGUGCGCUGCACAACGGCAACAAGCAGCAGCACUACAACAACAAUAAUAACAACAACAAUAACGGUAACACCAAGUCACGUGAUCGCGCCGAUCACCAUCUGCAGUCGCAGCAGCAGGAGCACGACGAUGAUGAGGAUGACGACGAGGAGGAUGGCGAGGAGGAAGAGGAUGAGGAUGACGAGGAGCAGCACCAGGAGCAGCAGCAGCAGCAGCAUCAGGGCAAUGGGCAUGAUCUCACGCCCACGGACCUGCGACAUCUGAUGCCGGCGAGCAACAAUAUGCAGCAACAGCAUACGCAGCAGCAACAGGAGCCGGCUGCCUACGACGAUGAGGGUGAGGAGGAGGACGAAGAUGAUGACGACGAGGACGAGGUGGCCAGCAGUCAUCUGGACAGCCGCGCCACCCUCUCCUCCGCCCAUCUGAGCAGUGCGGCCGCCGCCGAAAGCAGCGGCCUGCACAUGAGCGUUGCAGCAGCGGCAGCUGCAGCAGCAGCGGCGGCAGCAGCCGUCUCCGCAGCCAAGCUGAACGCCCAGCUGGAGCAGCAGCAGAGUGCCAAUGCCUUGGACAUGGCCAGCGGGAGCAGUGCCACGACCAUUGCGCCGCCACCGCCCAGUAGUUUGCUGGGCGGUAACAGCAACACGAGCUUCUCCACGAACAACAACAGCAACCACGCGCUCAGCUCGACGCACGGCAGCUUGGGCCCGGGCGGUCAGGGCACCAAUUGCAGCAACGAUCUGAUGGCCACCGGUGGCGGCAACUCCCGCGGCGGUUCCUCCCUCAGCCUGGGCAUCAACUCCUCCAGUGCGGCGGCGUUGCAGCACCAGCACCAACAGCAGCAGCAGCAACAGCAACAGCAGCAACAUGGUGGCGGCAGCGGGGGCAGCAGUGCGGCCAGCGAAAGGAGAAAGUACCGCCAUCAGAACUACAGUAAAAACAUCUACAUAGGCACCAAGAACGCGGAGAAGUGGGAGCACAUGCGCACGCGGCUGCAGUUCAAGAACGAUGUGGAGUUCGUUGCCUACCUUUUGAACCUGGCGGAUAACGAUACGGAUCGACUGAACAACCUGCCCCCGCCCUCCCCCGCGAACACGCCCACAAAAGGCUUCGAUGGCAACUUCAAGCUGGAGCCGAAUCUCAGCGCCAAGGACUUUGCCGCCCCAGCCGAAUCCUCGAUCAAUGGCAACGGCAGCGGAAAUGGGAACACGAGCGGAAACGGAAAUGGUGACUCCGCCUCGGCGGCCUCCAUUCCCAUGGCCACGCCCACCCCGCCACAACGCAAGCGCUACAAGAAGCGCGUGCAAUUCACCUCGGAGGCGCUGAACGGAUUUGCGGGCAAGAACAAAGGAUCGGGAUCCGGCGGAGCAGGAGCCGGAUUCAGCUACGCCAAGUCCAAGAAGCAGGAGGCCAAGGCGGCGACGGCGGCACUUAAGGCCAGCGCCGCAGCGGCUGCGGCGGCAGCCGCAUCCUCCGCCCUGCCCGAGGUCCUCGACUGUCGCAUCGCCGAGAAGAUCAAGAGCGAACUGGAGGCGAACAGCAAGGAGUCCCUGCCGAAUGCCCUGUGCCUCAAAAAAGCAGCCGCUGCAGCGGCGGCAGCAGCGGCCGCAGCAGCAGCAGUCGCUGCAGCGGCCAAUGGAAGCGAAGAGGAGGACGAGGACGAAGACCAGCCGCCGCACCCCCACCUACUGCCAGUUUUGCCGCCCGCCGAUGCCGUUGAUGGCAUCACCGCCAGCAAUGGUCAGGCGGGCAACUUCCAUGUGCGCUCCAAGUCGCAGGGCUCGAAGAAAUCUCAGGCGGCCAAAGCGGCGGCCAUGAUGCCACCCAAUUCGUACGAUGAGCACGACGACGAACCGGGCGCCGGAUUGGGCGGAAACGACGAGGACGACGACGAUGACGAGGAGCUGGACGAGGAGGCGCUGGCCCGCGAAAUGAAAAUGGAGCAGAAUUUCGUCGAAGAGGAGGACGAGCACGACAUUGCCUUCCGGUCGCAUCAAUCCUGCCGCGAGUGCUCCAUUGCCCACGAUCACAAGCUGUGCCCGCUGCGGAAUGCCUGCGGCAAUGUGACCGAUGCAGUGGAUCUGGGCGAGUGGAUAGAGCGUCGGAAUCUGGAGGCACUGGCCAAGCUGAAGGCCGAUGCGCAGCGGCAGGCGAAGCGGGCCAGCGGGCGACAGCGGCACGAGGACGACGACAUGGAGGAUAUGGAGGACAUGGACAUGGACAUGGACGAGUCGUCGCAGCUGUCGGAGCUGGAGACCAAGCCGCUGAUCACCUUCGCCGAGGCCUCCGUGCCGGCGGAAUUCGAGCUGCACAACGUGGAGCCCAAUGUGACCGGCGUGUUCGCGCGCACCGAGGUGAGGGCAUUCACCAAACUGGGCCCACUGAUCGGACAGCCAGUGCAGACCGGCGAGGUGCGCGAGGGCAGCGACAUGAAGUGGAUCUUCGAGAUGUGCGAGGCCGGCGCGGACAAGUCGUAUCUGCUGUGCUGCGACAAUCCCAACGCCUCCAAUUGGCUGCGAUUCGUGCGACCGGCUCCCAGCUACGAGGAGCGCAACGUCAACCUGGUGUCCAUCGAUCGGCAGGCGUAUUUCGUCAGCUGUCGCGAUCUGCGAAAUGGAAUGGAGCUGCUCUACUGGAGCGACGACUGCAACACCAUGUGGCGCAAAAAGCACACGGAAAAGACGAAUUGCGGCGGCUGCAAUCUGAAGUUCGAGCACCCCCUGUACUAUCGCACCCACUGCUCCGUCUUCCACGAUCCCUCGAUGAGCCUGACCAUCCGCAAGUACCAUUGCAAGGUGUGCGGCGAACCGGUGCUGGGCAAGGAUAACAUCAUGAAGCAUGCGGCGGAGAAGCACGACGGCAAGGGGGCGUACCAGUGCCAAUUCUGCAGCAAGUUCUUCCUGCGGCUCAACUACCUGGAGAUGCAUCGCACCUACGGAUGCGCCUCGAAUCCGAAUCGUUCGCGACCGGUGUGCGAUUUUUGCGGUCGCAAGUUCUGCCAGCCGCAGAAACUGAAGGCGCACAUUAAGCGCAUGCACAGCGGAUCGCGAGCGGCACUGCAGCGCCACUCGAAGGAGGUGCACAGCCGCAACUCGACGGUGGUGAGCUGUCCGCGGUGCCAGAAACUCUUCCAGAACCGCAGCAAUCUCAAGAUCCAUAUGCUGACCCACUCGGGCGUCAGGCCGUUCAAAUGCGCCGAGCCGGAGUGCAAUGCGGCGUUCACCACCAAGCAGUGCCUGCAGUUCCACUAUAAGAAGGUGCACAACUACACCCAGGAGCAGAUGCCCAAGAUCGAGCGGAGCGUGGCCUACACCUUCGAUGCCUAUUCCGGCGGCAUGAAGGUCGAUUUUCUGGGUAAGCAGACGGCGACGGCUACGCCGGCUUCAGCGGCAUCGGCGCAGGCGCAGCCACGCCCUAAUGCGGCCGUCGUCUCCCCCUCCUCGUUCACAGAGCAAGCACCGCGCCGGCGGCGCAAGAGCCUCGAGGACCAGAGCUCCAUGCUAAGCGGAUCGCUGCAGAGCGACGCGGAGUUCAGCGAUGACAACCUAUUCGAGGCGAUCAAGAAGAGCGGCAAGUCGAUCAAGGACCUGUGUCGCAACGAGCCCAAUCUCUCGCUGCUCAGCUCGAAGAUCUCCAGCAUAUUCGGCGACAAGGUGCCAUCGGCCACGGCCUCCCUUUCCGCUUCCGUUUCGGCCGUCGCCUCCUCGGGCGCUCGCAAGCGGAAGCGCAAGAAGGAGCCGGUCGUGCCGGCCCAGCAGCAACUUCAUCUCCACCAGCAGCAGCAGCAACAGCAACAGCAGCAGCAGCAGUCGCAGCACCAGCAACAGCACCAACAGCAGCACGCCCAGCAACUGCAGCACCAACAGCUGCAACAGCAACACGCCCAGCAGCAUCAGCAGCAGCAGCACCAUCUCCACCAGCAGCACCAGCAGCUGCAUCACGAUCCGCAGCAGCAGCAUCCGCAGUACCAUCCGCACCAGCUGCACGCCCAUGCCCUGCCGCACCAGCAGCAGCAGCAACAGCAGCAACAACAGCAGCAGCAGCUGCACGGCGAUCCCGACGACGAGGAGGUGGAGAACGCACGGCUGGAGCAGGUGCGUCGCAAGCAGAACGCCCAGCUGAGCCUGGUCGAGUCCUUCCUCACCACCACCGCCCAGCGAUUGAGUGCCCAGCAGCAGGUGCAACAGGUGGUGGCGGCUGCGGCAGCGGUCUCAGCGAUGGCCGGAGCCGGCGAGGAUCCCGCCAAACUGGGCCACAUGAUGGGCCACAUGGGCGUCGGUGUGGGCGUGGGCAUGGACGAGGAGGAGGACGACGACGAGGACGACGACGAUGGUGGCGGCGGUGGUGGCGGUGGCGGCGGCUCGGCUGUGCAACACCAUCCGCACGUUCACGCCCACCAAGCGCACCACUCGCACGUUCAUGCGCACGCCCACCCGCACCACGCCCACUCGCACUCGCACGCACACCCGCACCAGCAUCCCGCCGGCCAGAGCGCGGGCCAGCAGGACUACCGCCAUGCGGCCGCCAUGAACGCCGCUCUCGGCCAAAAUCUGGUCGUCAGCAAGGGCAGCAAGAAGUGGAUCCAGGAGGUGCAGGACUCCAGCGAUGUCGGUGGCGAGGGAGCGGGCGGUGGAGGCGGUGGCCCGGGCGACAGCGGUGGCCCUGGUGGUGGUGGUGCCUGUGGCCAGUUGGCCGGUGGUUCCGGUCCAGGUCCGGAUCUGGGAUUCGCUGUGCCGCCGAGCGCCGUCGAUGAGCAUAGCAAACUGCUAGGCCAGAACCGUGACUUCCUCGCCCGCCUGAUGAGCAGUGCCAGCGCCAGCCACGCCCAUGCUCACGCCCAUGCCCAUGCCCACGCCCACCAGCCGCAUCAGCCGCACCAGCAGCACCAGCACAGCGCCCACAGCCGCGAGGAGGACGAGAACAGCUCCUUCCUGGACGUCGUCGAGUCGAACAACAAUGCUGCAGCCGCCGCCGCCGCAGCAGCGGCCAUGUCGCACUACGGCGGCGGAGCAGGCAGCGGGAGCGCGGGCGGUGGCAGCGGCGGACAAACGCCAACGGGUCCUGCGACCGGCGGCGGUUCCGUUGCCGGCGGCGAUGAGCCCCAGAUGCAGAUGAACUCCCUGGCCCACUCGCAGUCCUUCAUGAGCUCCUUCUACAACAACGCCAAUGCCCGCGUGGGCGGAGUUGGCGGCGGCGUGGGCGUGGGCGUCGGCGGUGGCUCCUCGUCGGCCAGCAUGCUCGUGGAGGCAGCCCUCAACUCCGUUGGCAAUAUGAUUGACAGCGAGAGCAGCGACCUCAAGGUUCCCACCGACAACCACAUAAACAGCGACAGUCCCAUGAGUGCCCACGUGGAUCCCGAGUCGCAGCGCUUUGGAGCGGGCAGUGCCGGUGGAACGGGUGGAGGAGGCGGUGGUGGCGGCGGAGGAGGAAGCAGCGGGGGAUCUUCGGGCGGGGCGAAUGGAAGUGGCAUCGGUGGCGGCAUGGACAACCUGGAGAACGAGCUAAAGAUGAUGAAGAAUCUGGGCAGCUUUCCGAUGCAGAUACCACCGCUGCCAAUGUUCCAGGGUGCCUGCAAUAUAUCGCCCAGCGCCUCGACGCCGACGAAUCCGCAGAGUAACCAGAAUCAGAACGAUGUGGACGUGGAUGCGGGCAGCACGCCCCGUCCGCAGCACCCGGACUCAGAUGGCUUCUCCUCGUCGCACCACCGCACACCGCCAUCGCCACCGCCGAUAUCACCGGGUCGAGAUUACGGCGGUAUGUUUGGCGCUGGCAAUGGCGGCGGUGGUCCCGGAUCGAACAGCACUCCGGCGGGCAGCUCAAGCGGCGGCGGCGGAGGAGGAGGCGGUGGUGCCGGUGGAGGCGGGGCCAACAGCAUGUCCGCCUCAUCGCCACUACCCGCCCUCCAACCGCAGAGGAGGAACGCCUCCAGCGUGGGCAGCACCUAUCCGGAACACGAGCUCAUCUCGCCCGCCUCAUCGCCGAGCAUACCGCGCUACAACUUCAACGGCGACAUGAUGCGCCACAAGCGGGCGGUCCAAGAGCAGGAGCACCAGGAGCGCCAGCGGCAGAACAUCUCGCGGCACAACCAGAUGUCCAGCGACGAAGAGAACAGCAUAAUGCCACAGAACAGCGCUGGCCAGGAUAUGCGCAUGAAGUUCCCGCAAUCGCAGAUCGACCUGAUGUACUCGAAGUACGAGAGCAUGGCCAGCAACCUAAAGUACAACAGCCAGGACUUGGACUCGCCGGCGGAGUACCGCCAGGGUGGCGCCGGCAACGGUGGCAAUGCGGCGGCCAGCGCAGCAGCUGCUGCGGCAGCGGCGGCCAGUGCCGCCAACGAUCUAUCCGAUCUCCAGGGACUGGACAUGAGCUCCAGAUCGAAUGCGGCGAGCAGCAAUUACCAUCACAACUUCCAGUUGCCGAGCAGUCGUUACCAUCACCACAUCUACGACAUACUCUCCGAUCGCGAGCAGCAGAGCCAGCAGGCUCAGCAGGCGGGCGGUGCGGUGGUGGGCGGCGGUGGCGGUGGUGGUGCCGGUGCCGCUUCGGUUGUGCACCAACAGGAGCACGGUCAUGGCCAGCACCAUGCGAUGCAGCAGCACCAGCAGUCGGCGGCCGCCAUGCACAACAUGCUCAGCGAGCAGCUGGGCGAGCAGGAGCACGACCAGACCACAUCGGUGGAUCUGAGCCGCACGGCCAACUAUGUCGUGUCGUCGCCACCGCAACUACCCUACAACCAUCCCACGCAUCACGAUAUGCUGCGCAUGGCCUCGCUGGAUCUGACACCGAAUACGGCCAACAUGGCGGUGGGCAACAAUCGCUCAUUCCUCUCCUCGCAGAUGCAGCACCAGAGUCGCGAGAGCUUGGAGCACCAUCGACUGCUGUCGACGGUGGAGCAGCAUCGCAUACUGGCCGCCUCGAAUGCGGCCGAUCAGCACCGCCUGCUGGUGGAUCCCACGGCCCAUCUGCUGAUGGAGCAAAACAAUCGAUUGCUGGGCACGGCGGAUCAGUCACGCCUCCUGGGCGAAUCGGCGGCGGCAGCGGCCCAAAAUCGCCACAUGGCCAGGAGCUUUGGAGCCUACCAUCAGGUGGCGUCUAGUAAUUACCAUCCGGGCGUUAGGCCACCGCCCGUUCUGCCAUCCGCCAACCAUCACGCCUCCAAUCCGUCGAACUACCAUCCCUUCCCCGCCUACUACUAAUCGGAAAACGGAAAUUGCGUAUCGGGAACAGGGACGUUCGGAUUAAAGUGCACUUUGUGGGCUCCAAGUGGAGGACAUCCUGAACCGCGCCAGCGAAAUGCAGUAGUUUAAUUCAUAGUUUGUUUUUUUUUUCCGAAUAGUCCUUUUGUUUUUUGCAGAUUUCAAAGAACCUAUACUUGAUAAUAUGUAUUAUAAUGCAUAAUAGUUCUCAAUAAAGGGUUCGCAAACACAAAUUUAAAUAAAUGAAAAGAUAAGACGAUGUUACGAGACCCCAUAUUCUUUUUACUGAUUUUUUAAAAAUAGUUUAAGAAUUCAUUUUAAUGUACCUUCAAGCUGCAACUGCGAUUAUUUAUUUUACAAUUUCUGUCUAGUCAAAAAGUAUGUGCAUUUUAAGCGAUUUACUGAAUCAUCUGAAACGAAAUUAUAAAGUUUCGAAUGUUCAUUUCGAAAUGUGUGCCAAUACGUCUAAGUGUGUUUUAUGUUUUGCUUCUCUGGCAUUCGACGGCUGGCAAGUCGAUUUUGUAUUUGUACACAAUAAUAAGAAAAGAAAUAUGUAUAGUUGUAUAGGAAGCAUAAUUACUAUAAAUAUAUAUAUAUAUAUAUAUAAAUAUAACCCAGAUAUGAAUGCGACAGAAAACAUAAAUAACGAUAAAAAACAUAAGCCUGAUGAGAACAUUUUUUUAAACGCAAAUUCGCCGCUGAGUUUGGAUAGAAAAAAAAAGGUAUAAAUGAUAUAAGAAACGAUGUUGAUAAUAAUAUUUUUACACCAAGUGAAAGUAAAUGCAUAUAAACGAGUACAAAGUGUUACAAGUGGGCGGAAACUCCAAGAUCCCCAAAAUUCGGCUUUCCAAUCCCCAUCUUCAGCUUUUCCCAUCCCAAAACUGCAAACUCAGCGAUCCAAAGAAUACGAGUAUAAAAAAAAGCGGCACAAGAAGAUGCACACUAUAUAAGUAAAGCAGAAUAUGCAUAGAUACAAUACGCGACCGAUCAGGAACUUAGCUCAAGCAUCUUAACACUUAACGGAAUGAGUAUUCGAGUAUUCGAAGUCUUUUUUUUGUACUUUUUAAUUAUAAAUAAUACGUAUCCAGUAUGGCAUAGGGGCUAUAUAUCGAUAUAAACUACCCAUAACUGUACUAAAUGGUAUUUGUACAACUAAGUUAUGAUUUAAUGUAAAUUAUUAAAUUUAUAUAAGAGCGUAGAUGGCGAUAAAGGAGAGGAAAUACAGCAUAAUGAAACGAGAUAUACACCACAUACAACAAAUGAAAAUAAAAAAAUAAUAAAUAAAAAACAAAAAACCAAAAACCAUGAUAAUAACUAUAAACAAACACACUCAGACACAAAGAGAGAAGGGGAGAGAGAUCGCUGAUCUGAUCCACAUGAUAUAUAUACACCUAUAUAUGCAUAUGG